ACAUUAUCAAGCUGUCAUAAUGAAAGUUACCGGAAAUUCUUUUUGAGUGUUCAUUCUGUCUGUGAGGACGUUGUGAGGACGUCAUGCCUUUCGCACGGUACGUAGAACCGGGCCGUGUUGCCCUGGUGGCCGAUGGCCCUUUGAAGGGUAAGCUAGUAAGCGUGGUUGAUGUCAUUAACCAAACCCGCGCUCUUAUCGAUGGCCCCGGCAGCAAUGUCUCACGGCAACAGAUCCGCCUGAACCAGCUACACCUCACCAAGUUCCGUCUUAAGUACCCCUUCACAGCUCCCACACGUGUAGUGAGGAAAGCAUGGACUGAGGCCAAACUUAACGAGAAGUGGGCUGAUAGCCAGUGGGCACAGAAGCUCGCGAACAAGGAGAAGCGCGCUCAGAUGACAGACUACGACAGAUUCAAGCUGACAUCGUCCCGCGUCAAGAGGAACCGUGCGAGAACCGCGGUAUUCAAGAGCCUGAAGCUGAAAGCCGCCCGCGCUGGUACUUUCGGCAAGAAGCAGGUCCCCAAGGCUUCCGCCAAGAAGCCCCGCACUAAGAAACCCGCCACCAAGAAACCAGCGAAGAAGUAAUUCUUGUUUAGUGAUGUGUUUAUAAGGACAGUACUGAAUAAAGAGUUACUUUAAGCUAAAAAAAUCA